CAUUUUGAGAUGAUGGUGAUGUGGCCCCGUCCUUCCCUCCCACUGAUCUGAUCUCAGCGUGCGAGAGACGCGCUGCUUCGCCCAUGCGCACACGCGUACGGCUCAGUUUUGGGAAGGAAAAAAGGCGAGCAGAACUCAUCGGUCUGCCUAUGGCCGAACGAGCCACGGCGCUGUGAACACCACAAAGAGACAGUUUGACUGUAAAUAAUACAGGUGGAAGCGACCGAGCAGGGGAAGCGACGCAUGGCUCUUCAUAUGAACGUUGUGGCUUGAGAGGAGGACAGUAUGUUUACAUGAGGGCUCUUGAGACAGAGCGCUGACCGUUGAAAGAUUCGCAGAGUCGGGUAGCGUUGAUCGGUGAAGACAUUGCCGAAGAUGCUGAAGAGAUUGGCCGCGCCGGCGUCAUGCAGCAGCUGCCUUCUCGCCUUCCUCCUCGCCUUCGUCUCGCCCAGGUAUACGCUGUCGAUCGGUGCCGACAAAACUAUGGUGAACAAGGAGGAUUAUUAUAGCGCCACGGUCAACGCCACCGUUUUGGACCAUAAAGGCAAUCCUCAACAGAUGGUGACGAAGAAUGACGGGCGGUACGGGCAGAAUUCCCCCAAAACAGAGGCGAAAGGGAUCGUGAUCGCACCUGCUGCUGUUAAUGGGGAGGUGGAUUUGCAAGGCUGCUGUCCACACAUCCGGUUUGUAGUCCCUCCGAAAACCACACACUGGGUGGCCAUUAUGCAGAGAGGGAAGUGCACCUUCAAGGAGAAGAUCCUUAAGGCAGCUGCAUUUAAUGCCUCGGCUGUCAUUAUCUACAAUAACAGCACCAAAGAGGACACAGUCACGAUGGCUCAUGAAGGCACUGGAGACAUAGUGACAGUAAUGAUCACGGAGUCCUUUGGAAAGGAGAUUCUGGGUUUUCUGGAGAAGAACCAGACUGUGUUUGUAUCCGUGAUGGUGGGGUCACGAGGACUGCCCAAGAACAUCAACCGUGGCUCCUUGGUGUUUGUCUCCAUCUCCUUUAUCGUACUGAUGAUUAUCUCCUCUGCUUGGCUGAUCUUCUACUUCAUCCAGAAGAUCAGAGACACCAGCGCUCGGGACCGCAGUCAGCGACGGCUGGGCGAUGCUGCCAAGAAGGCCAUUAGCAAGCUGACUACCAGGACAGUAAAAAGAGGGGACAAGGUGAGGUCUUUUGACGUCAUUGCUUGUUUACUUUUCUCAG